GCAACUGAUUCGCGCAUGCAGAGAACCUGCGUUUUGCAUUGUCGCACUUACAAAAAGUCACUCGCCUCUCGGUUAAGAACGUUUAGCAGUAUAAACAUUUAAUUUUAGAAGUGAUGUGCUCUGCAACUGUGGGCGGAGAGACCAAGCGGCCCAUCACCAGCGCUGGGAAUUUGGCAUGGCAGUUCGGGCCACAUGUCAUCGAGGGAAACGACGGACGAAUUCGUUGUGGUUGUCGAGUACCGAUAUAGCCGAAACCUGCGGAAAACUACGACUCGUCGCAGCAGCAGCGGGCGACAGGAAGAGGCCGGUCCGCUGCGUCCGGAGUGUAAUAAUGAUAACCUAAUAUUUAUUUACUCCAAAGGUCUAGGAGGCCCCAGAGGCCGAGGACCAGGUGAACGAAACCCGGAAUAUAUAUUAGUGAUUGGUCGAGUUGCCAUCACGUGCCAUCCCGUUUUCGCAGCCGGAUUUUCCUCUUGACCCGUGAAAUACAUGGUUUGAACUUGAAUACCAUUUAUGUUAUUGUCACUGCGCUAAACAAGGAAUGGCAGACUUUUAGCGUGCUGCCGCUCGGCCUAUUCGGGGGACAUGGUUUCGUUGCGAUAUCAGAGCUAGUUUUCUCCAGGGAUGGCAAUUUGUUCACUCUGCUAUCUAAUGAAGUGGAUAAAAGGCUAGGAUUAAACCCGCGAUCAGUUGUUAACAAUAAAUUACGGCACAUUAAAUUAGAACUUCGACAAAAACUCAUUCACCUUGCAAGGCCAGGUCCCUCGCGAAAAAUUUCGCGCGCCGAACCGAAACUGUUCGGCUUGUCAUCGUACUGUUCUGUUAAUGAAUGCGUGAUUCAAAGGAAGGAACGGACUAGAUAACAAUAAACGGAUAAUUUUCGCACGGAAAGCUGUCGGCUUCAUGUGUUCGGUGGCGUAUUCAGCAAAUGUUUCAGCAAAUGGUCUUACGGCCCCAAUGUCGUGGCACUUCCUGCGCAUAAUCUAAAGUAUGCAAGAAGUUGUUCAUGUUGGUUGAGAAAAAAUGGCGGAGGAAUCGAAUCAGACGUUUCUCAAAGAAGCGCUGCCGAGUCGUCACUACAGGGAGUACCAGCAGAAACAGCAUAUACAGAACGAGACCUUAAGGUACGCCAAUAACACAAUCGAGUACAAGAGACGACUAUCCCGGUCCCACUUGGACCGCGAGCAAAAGGAGGUGACGGAACAGUUCCGCCGGAUGCAGAUUGAGAAGGCUAUGUAUGCGCAUGCGCACCACAACCAGGUUACAAGAGUACGAUCACUCGACUCGGCCGAGGACGGUCGGGAUGGCGACUGUACUCCGGCCGACGACCUCACCCCGGCAGAGGAGGAAGACACUUUCGUGAAUCCAUACCCAGUAACAAUUAUGCCUAAAAACCGAAACCAGAAGUUAAGGUCAUAUUCUGAAUAUGAUGCCAAUGUUGCAACAAGAGGGAUGCGGUAUGCGCGAAACCGAGGCCGCCGACAGUCGAAAGAAUUCGAAGAUCUGGCGAUGAACACAACAACAGGAUCACUCCUUCCUCCCUUCAAAACAAACAAGCAGACGACAGCAUGUGACGUCAUAGAUGGCAGAUGCUGGGUGGGGGACCCGGAGGCCAUUCAUUCCGUCAGGCGCCAGAGGAAAUCUGUGCAAGAGCAACAUUAUGACUUCGUUUUCAAGCGAUCGCACACAUCGGAUAGUUUGGCGACGAAGACUACGGGUCAGCCCCAGCCACUUUAUCGACGAAACACAGAAGCAUCAAGAGCAACAACGCCAACAACCGCCCGGAAGCUAAGUUCUUCCAAAAUGAGUAAUUUUGAUUCGUCGCCCGGAUUGGUCAGAAAGAUGAGUUCGUCACGCACAAGUAUUGACGUCUGUGUCUCGCCCACUGGUGCACCAUCUUUGACCAGGAAAAUUAGUUCUACGAAUGCACACGCCAUGGCGCUUGGUUCAAAUGUUAAACUUGCGGAUUCCCCUUCCGUUAGGAGAAAAAGACUGCACUGAAAAAGGACAAUUUGAAGAAGGCAAUCUACGACGACAGGGCUCGGCCAAUAAAGGAAUAACUCCCGCGAGGCAUCACAGACUGUGACAGUCACGCCGAGAAGAAAACCCAGCACGCGGGAUAAAUGACCUAUUGUUGGCGACCACAUAUAUACGGAGGCCGGGCUCGGUAAAUUACGAAAAUAUUUGGAAGAUGGAAGCGCAUGCGUCCGUUGAACAUUUUAUAAUCCACGGGGCGGUAUAAGUGAUAACUGACAAGACAUUUUUGUAAGGGCCGUCCACAUAAUAAAGUGAUUAUCGAA